AUGGGCAACAUCAUCUAUUUAAUAACUAGCAUUCUCUUAUUCCUCAUAUUUAUUAAAACUACAGAAGAGUCUCCUGACUUGAUUCAAGACGAAUAUACAACAGUGAUGACUUCUAAAGCAACUGCUUUCCACGUGAUGAACUAUUUUCAAGUCGACCAAUUGAAAGGAAACUAUGUCACAUUGGUAUCGAGUUGUAUGGCUUUAGUCAUUUCCAUUGCUAUACUCGCGACAAAGAAAAAGGUUUUGGGAAUCUUUUUGGUUAUUGUUUCGACACUAAUUUUCCACAUCGCAUUCUUAACAUUUCAAACAUCCGAACACGCCUUUCCCAUUUCUUCAAUUAUCGACUUCACACUCCAAUUGGUGAAAAAACCAAUCGAACAACUCCCAAAGACGUUACUUGGCUACUUCACAGUGCUCUCCUCUGUAUUCCCAAAGACUCAACAAAUAUUCCAAAUGUGGAUAUUUAACUUGGAAAACACUUCAUUCCCACCAGCUCUUCUUAUCUUAAUCGCGUGUGGUUUAUUACACAAAAAGCUUCAAUUGGCAACAUUAUUGAUCGUGCCUACAGUCAUCUCUGUUAUAAUAGGAAUUCCCAUCUUAGUAUUAAACGUCUCUGGUAAUGUAAUAGAGCAAGUACUCUACUUUGUAUGUGCUCUCUUCUUCAUUGUAUUUUUUGUGAAUGGGGCGUUACAAAUGGAGAAGAUCUUUUUAACACCACUAUUCUUUAUAUCAACUGUGUUGUGCUCAAAGAGUGUGGUCAAUGUCACAAGAGACUUCAUUGUACUCUCUUCGAUGCAAAGGGAUUGUAUCUUUGUUGGAGUCUACUUGGUGUUAUUCUGGCUUGUAUUCUUGAAGAGAUUCGCGUACUCUUUUGUACCCGCUUUUCUUGUAUUUUGUUCAGUAGAGCUCAUUGUUGGCACUAACAUACAAAUUGGAGCACUCAUCCCAGUCUUUUUCCUCCUCCAUGGACUGUUUGACUGA